GUCCCCGUUCCCUCCCAGCUCAGUUCAGGAAACGAGUCAGAACCGCAGAGGAGGAGGACCAUCAGGAGGUUCGGAGGAGGAACUGGGAGGUUCUGGGAGUUCAGCAGCGCCCGCACCGAACCGGAACCAGGAUUAAAGGGAGUCUCAGUCCAGGCCAGUGAUGCUUCACCAUCAGGACCAGCAUCUGGACCCAGACCAAGGAGCCCCCAGGAACAGCUCCUCACUUCGGAACAAAGACACCAACUUCAACUUCCUGCCAGGAGAACACGAUGAAGGCUUCACAGGGAGGAGAGGACGAGGAGGAGAUGAGAACAGGAACCCGGUCCGACCCCGGAACCUAGCACUGGGCCGGGACCCUCAGAGUCCAGCCUCCUCAGGUUUCCACCACAGCUCAGGGGUCCUGUCGCCGCGGUCCCGCCUGCCCUGCUGGAGCCCCCUGGAGCCCCUCCCUGAAAUUGAGAGCGGGGACGACGGGUACGGUCGGGUUCCUCCUGACGGGGCGGAGGAGCAGAGGAUGGAGGAGGAGGAGGAGGAGGGCAGGGCGGCGAUGAAGAACGAUGGGACGAAACAGACGAGGGACGACGGUGACGACGAGCCGGACGACGAAUGGGGAGACAGCGACUCUGAGUCCGAGUACAGCUGCCGCUCCGGCGCCAGCAUUUCCUCCCUCAACAUGGAGGGCGGGGGGGAGGCGGCUCUGACGAGCGGCUGGGACCGGGUCGGAGUCGGAGAACCCAAACCGAGCCAGGAGGAAGGUGGUGUGACCAGAACCGGCAGCAAAGACACCACUGGGAGGCAGAGGAGCUUCAGCCGUAGCUCCCUGACAGGAAGUGACCCAGAGGGCCGUCAGGAUGAGCGUAACCAUGACGACGACCAGUCCUCCAACACGGACGGCGAGCUGCCGGAGCUGCCGGAGCUGAUGGACGGCGUGUGGACGCUGCAGGAGCGCGAGCGCUUCAAGGCGCACGAGAUGGAGAAGCACCAGGUGCAGCUGACCAUGUACCGCCGGCUGGCUCUGAUCCGCUGGGUCCGAACGCUGCAGAGCCGGGUCCAGGAGCAGCAGAACCGCCUGCAGUACAGCUUCGAUGUCAUCCUGACCCACAGGAAGGAGCUGCUGCGCGUGGGCGCCGCCAGCGUCAGCCAAUCAUAGAGCGGCGCGCUGUGGGCCGCCCAGAGAGGCCCAUGUAAACCGGACGAUCUAAAACCGUGACCCACGACGGCCACAUGAGUUCCUUCAGACCGGGACGUCUGUCGGCUGCUAAAACCUUUCAGCUGCUAAAACCUUUCAGCUGCUAAAACCUUUUAGCUGCUAAAACCUUUUAGCUGCUAAAACCUUUCAGCUGCUAAAACCUUUCAGCUGCUAAAACCUUUCAGCUGCAGUCGGACUCUAAAAUGUUUAACCCUUUAAAUUCUGUACAACCACCGGUUGCCCAAUAUCAGUGUGAUCAGAGGGAGGUUCCACGGCAGAAAAGAUGGCCCUGCCCUGACCUACUGGGUGGCAUGGUGUCGAUAACGAGCUGGACUCGUUAACUGACUCGUUAACUGACUCGUUA